UCGAACGUCGAGCUCGCGAAAGUCAGAAGAUAAACAAAAAUAAUGCCAGUGCCGUGAAGUAUUUACUUAUUCGAAUUUCGUCAAUUAUGACUGUGAACAAGAGUGUUUUACGCCUAGUCGUACAAAUUAUUUUUUACGCGAUACUGUUUCUCAGUUAUCUGCCGUUGACAAGCGCCGUCACUGCCAGUAUUUGGUCGGAAGUCGAGGGCGAAGGAUUUCAUAGAAACUUGAAGUAUUAUGUGGAUACAGGAGAUUUCAAGAAUAAAAGUUGCCAUAUCGCAGUAUUUGUACAACUUCCACCGUCCCUGUAUGUGAACACUGAUGAGCUGGCUGACCUUAGACGGCUUCACAAGACUUCUUCUUGCUCUGAUGGCGAAAUUGAUGUUGAAUUGUUUGCUGAAAAGGCACAUUACCAAAAUGUUACCAUUUGCUCCCGACUAAGCAAUACAAAGACAGUCUUGUCUAUUCCGAUUCAUCAGCGUUACCAAUUUGCUACCUCAAAUGGCGAACCUUCCAAUGUUACACUGCCAAGACCAAAGCUACUUAUAGGAUGUAGAGAUAGGCUUAAGGAACAUAGAGUUUCAAAGCUUAAAAUCUGUUGGCCCUGCGUUGAGUAUUCUAAAAAAUGGAGGGAUCUCUCCUUCAAAUGGGAAGGUGAUGGCAACUUUGUUUGGAGUAUUCCAGUGGGUAACACUUCCCGGAAAUUUGAAAUAACGUGUAUCACGUUAUUAGUAACGUUUUCCGGCGCCGUUUAUGUAUUAUGGACGAUAUACAAUACUUGCAAAGUACCAAAGGAUAGGAAGCCAAAGGAUAACUAAUGGAUAGCUACAAUUUAAACUUUCCAACUAAUCUGCAAGCAGAUUAUCACGCAUUUAUAAUAAUUAUUUAUAAUAAAUUCUUAACUUACAGGACUUUGUACAUACGUAGGAUAGCUUAAACUUGUGAUACGUCAAGUUGACUGCAAUAAAUAAUACACGAUUUAACUAAUAAACUUAAAUAAUUUACACUAA